AUGACCCACGACUGGGCAUGGGUCCUCGGCCAGUUUGAGAAGAUCGGCCUCGUGCUCUCUCAGCAGCUGAAGCACGAGACAAAACCCUUCUACACCAAGGAGAUGGCGAGCAAGGCCAAGGUCCAGCGCCUUGAGUAUGACAUGCACGAGCUCGAGAAGCAGCUCGCACACAUUCGAUGUGUCAUCCGCGACGUCGUCGCGGGCCCCGCCAAGUACAGCAUUGACGAAGACGACUGCGAUACGCUGCGCAUGAUGGUGGCGUUGGCACCGGCGCCCACCAAGGUCCCGUACCUUGCGCUCUUGCAGCAAGGCUUGAUGCUGCUCAAGCACCACGUGCACAGCGGUGAGCCCCAGUGGCGGCUCGUUUGGACCACGGAGAAGCUCCUACACGUUGCCAAGCUAGCGGAUCGCAAGAAAGCCAACGGUACACUUUUGAUGAAGUCAAUUUCCUGA